AUGGUUGUUCAUCGUCGUUGUCGAGAUAAAGUGGGAAAUUAUUGUGGAGUUAGAGAAAAUGUACUCGCAUUAUACGAAAAAUGCAAACACAAUCAGUCUGAUCCAUAUACAUACAAUAGUGAUUUAUAUAGCAUCUACAAUGAUUUGGAUGAUCUAAAUAAGAAGAAAAAUGCCGAAUUCGAAAUGGAACGAAUGUCAAGAAACUAUCAUCCAAAUGUGACCGCUGGCAUGAGAGUAGAAGAAUUUCAAUUUAUAAAAUCUUUAGGAACUGGAAUGAAUGGAGCAGUUUAUCUUGUUAAAACACAAAAACACUAUUUUGCCAUGAAAGUAUUGAGAAAAAAUGUUGUACUUGAAGGACAAGAUGUGGCGUAUGUAAUGUUAGAACGAGACAUUUUGGUAGACAGUCAAAAAAGUCCAUUUAUUGUCCAAUUAUUAUACUCGUUUCAAAAUGCCGAAAGACUAUUUUUCUUAAUGGAGGUGGCACAAGGAGGAAAUUUUUAUAGAUUAUUGCAAAGACAAGCGUCACAUUCACCAUUUUCAUAUAAUCGAAUUCAAUUUCAUUCGGGUGAAAUAGUGUGUGCAUUAGAAUAUCUUCAUCAUGAACGAAUUGUUUACCGAGAUUUAAAACCGGAAAAUGUUCUCGUAUUUCAAGAUGGACAUAUAAAGCUUGCUGAUUUUGGUUUAUGCAAAAAAGACAUUGAUUAUACACAUCGAACAAAUACAUUCUGUGGUACACUAGAGUAUAUUGCUUUUGAAAUAUUUGACCGUGCAGAUUAUGAUCAUACUGUUGAUUGGUGGUCGUUGGGAGUGAUGAUCUAUGAAAUGUUUACGUUUAUUACACCAUUCUACGAUGAAGAUGAUGCUCAAAUUGAAGAAAAUGUUUUAUCGAAAGAUGUAGAAUAUCCAGAUACAAUCCCAGCGGAAGCAAAACAUAUCAUUCAGGAACUGUUAGAACGAGAACCACACAGGCGUCUAGGACAUAUGAGUUCACCACAUGGUUUAUUGAAAGAUCAUCCAUUCUAUAGUGAACCAUACACAAUAGAAAAUAUCAAGAAUCGAAGAGUAAAACCACCAUGGGUACCAAAGACACCAUUAUCGCUUCAGCCAUCAAUGGAAAAUUUUAAACUAUCAGAAAUAGAGCAAAAAGACGCUUGCUUACUAAUGUCUACGCCAGAAGAUACGUUUCGGGGAUUUUCAUAUAUAAAUCCACAAGCACCUCGAUGA